AUGUCUGCUCGCAAGCAAGUCGAUCCCCGUAUCGGCGCCUUGAUUCGCAAUGGCCUACAAGAAAAGAAGAGAAGCUUCUUUGUCGUUGUUGGCGACCACAGCAAGGACGUGAUUGUCCGACUGCAUUAUAUCAUGUCACGCGUCGAUAUUAAGCAGAACAAGUCGGUUCUGUGGGCGUACAAGAACAAGUUGUUGAACUUUACCAGUCACAGAAAGAAGCGCGAGGCCAAGAUCAAGAAGGAAAUAAAACGAGGAAUCCGCGAAGUCAACGACGAAGACCCGUUCGAGCUGUUCAUCUCGCUACACAACAUUCGCUACACCUACUACAAGGAGACGGACAAGAUCCUUGGCAACACCUACGGCAUGUGCAUCUUGCAAGACUUUGAGGCCGUUACGCCCAACAUCCUUGCGCGCACCAUCGAGACGGUGGAGGGUGGCGGUCUGGUCAUCCUGCUGCUCAAGGGCAUGAACUCGCUGCGCCAGCUCUACAACCUGUCUAUGGACGUGCACUCGCGGUAUCGCACCGAGGCCCACGCCGACGUCGUCGCGCGCUUCAACGAGCGUUUUCUGCUCUCGCUCGGCGGCUGCGAGUCGUGCCUCGUCAUCGACGACGAGCUCAACGUGCUGCCCAUCUCGGGCGGCAAGGACGUCAAGGCGCUGCCGCCGCCGGACCGCGACGAGAGCACGACGCCCGCGCAGCGCGAGCUCGCGGCCGUCAAGGAGGACGUGCAGGACCGCCAGCCCGUCGGCGCCCUCGUCAACCUCGCCCGUACCGUCGAUCAGGCCAAGGCCCUCCUCACCUUUGUCGACGCCAUCGCCGAGAAGACUCUGCGCAGCACGGUGGCGCUGACGGCUGCCAGAGGACGCGGCAAGUCGGCGGCGCUCGGCGUCGCGGUUGCCGCGGCGGUGGCCUACGGUUACAGCAACAUCUUCAUCACGUCGCCAUCGCCGGAGAACUUGAAGACGCUGUUUGAGUUUGUAUUCAAGGGCUUCGACGCCCUGGGCUACGCCGACCACGCCGACUACUCCAUCAUCCAGAGCACGAACCCCGACUUCAACAAGGCUAUCGUUCGUGUCAACAUCCACCGCCAGCACCGUCAGACGAUCCAGUAUAUUCGCCCGCAGGACGCCCACGUUCUCGGACAGGCCGAGUUGGUUGUCAUCGACGAGGCUGCUGCUAUCCCGCUGCCGCUUGUUCGCAAGCUGAUGGGUCCUUAUCUAGUCUUCAUGGCCUCGACCAUCAACGGUUACGAAGGUACCGGCCGUUCCCUAUCGCUGAAGCUCAUUAAGCAGCUGCGUGAGCAGUCGCGCACCGCUUCUGCCGGCGGUGCCGAUACUGAGAUUGCGGAUCGCGCUACUGGACGUGCGGCCAAGGGAGAGGAAUUCCAGGCUGGCCGUAAACUGCGUGAGAUUACGCUUUCCGAACCUAUCCGUUACGCCCAAGGUGACGGUGUUGAGAAGUGGCUCAACAAGCUGCUAUGUCUUGACGCUCAGCUGCCCAAGGUCAAGGCCGGAUCCCCGGAUCCCUCCCAGUGCGAGCUCUGGAACAUUAACCGCGAUGCUCUCUUCUCUUUUCAUCAGGUCUCUGAGGCCUUCCUCCAGCAAAUGGUUGCGCUGUACGUGGCCAGCCACUACAAGAACACGCCCGACGACCUGCAGCUGAUGAGUGACGCGCCCGCACACGAGCUCUUCGUUCUGACUGGUCCUCGAUCCGACCAGGUUGGCAGGCUGCCCGAGCCUCUGUGCGUAAUCCAGGUCGCCCUGGAGGGUAAGAUUAGCCGAGAGAGUGUGCUGAACAGUUUGAGCCGUGGCCAAAGACCACACGGCGAUCUUAUCCCAUGGCUCGUCAGCCAGCAGUUUCAAGACGAGAAUUUCGCUACGCUAUCUGGCGCGCGUAUUGUGCGGAUUGCCACCAACCCCGAAUACAUGUCCCAAGGCUACGGCUCCAAGGCGCUGGAGCUGCUCAUCAACUACUACGAGGGCAAGUUCGCCAACCUGUCGGAGGAUGAGGACCAGGCCAUGGAAGACCGAGUCAGCAGAGCUACAGAUGCUGAGCUUUCAAAGACGACACUGUUGGAAGACAAGAUUACCGUACGCGACAAGAUGCCGGCCUUGUUUACGGCGUUGGCGCAGAAGCGGCCGGAGAAGUUGGACUACAUUGGUGUAAGCUACGGUCUUACCAAGGAGCUGCAAAAGUUUUGGAAGCGGUCUUUGUUUUCCCCUGUAUACCUGCGUCAGACGGCCAACGAUCUGACUGGUGAGCACACCUGCGUCAUGCUGCGGCCUUUGGAGUCGGCGGAUGAUGGGAGCUGGCUCGGUGCAUUCACACAGGAUUUCCAGCGGCGAUUUGCCUCGCUCCUGUCCUACCAGUUCCGCACCUUCAACGUGCAAAUGGCUCUCAGCAUUGACGAGGCUGCCGCCCAAGGCGCCAAGCUUGACGGCACCAAGACCGCGCCCCUUAGCAAGGAGGAGCUGGACCGUUUCAUGUCGCCGUUUGACCUGAAGCGUUUGGAGUCGUACGCCAACAACAUGCUUGACUACCACGUGAUCCUGGACCUGCUGCCCACGAUUGCCCACCUCUACUUCAACGGCAAGCUCAAGCAGGGAGUGAACCUGACGGGCAUCCAGCAGGGCAUCCUGAUGGCCAUGGGCCUGCAACGCAAGGACUUUGAGGCGGCGUCGCGGGACCUGACGGUGCCGGCACCGCAGCUGAUGGCCAUGUUCAUCAAGAUCCUGCGCAAGGUGACGACGCACUUUGCGGGGCUCGUGUCGGCGGCCGUGGACGCGGAGAUGCCGCGGGCGCAGCAGGUGGGGGUGAGCCGCGCGGACGCGAGCGCGGCGCACGACGAGGACGAGGCGGCGGCCGUCGGCGACAAGUACGCGCCGCUGACGACGUCGCUGGACGACGAGCUGGCCGAGGGCGGCAGCGAGGCGCUGCAGCAGCUGCGCAAGAAGCAGCGCGAGAUGAUCGACUCGCUGCCGCUGGACCAGUACGCCAUCGACGGCGACGCGCCGGCGUGGGAGGAGGCCGAGAAGCAGGUGCAGAGCGGCAAGGCCGGGCCGGGGGGCGUGGUGAGCGUCAAGUCGGGCAAGGCGAAGCGCAAGGCGGCUGGCGCGACGACGGCGAGUGAGGUGUACGAGGAGACGUUUGGCGACAAGUCGUCAAGAAAGAAGGCCAAGAAGGGAAAGAAGGCAUAA